GGCGGUAGAGUAUAGACGUCUUCUUACGCUCGCAACGGCACGGUUUGUCGAUCGCCGCGCAUUACUGAUUAUGUUCGAAGUUCGUGUUCGAACAGGGAAACGAAGUUUAGUUGAUCUGCCCGCUUUAAGUUGAAGUCGCAUUUGUUUGUCCCGGGGCAUAUCUUCCCGUUUGUACGUACGGUUCCGGGCGAAAGGUCGAAGGUGUUUUUCCGCGUGCCGCAACUAUGUGUCCAAUGUGUCUAUUUGUCGCCACCGCAUAGUACUCGAGAUGUACGUAAGCCUGUACGAAAGUGAAUGGUAACCUGGUGCCCACUCUCUGGUUUGCCGGCAUAUUGUGUGCGUAAACGUCGUCCGUACCCUUUUGGAAGAUAAAGGUGGUUCUAGCCUUCAGCUUAAUAUCUACAGGCUUGGACCAAAAACGGACGGAAGUGGCAGAGUAUUGAGAAGCGUCAUCACUUCACGCGCAACCAGUACCCAAUGUGUUGUGGUGUGGCGGCCCUUAAGUCUAUAACCGUGACAUUGAAAGCAUGUCUCUGCACGAAUGGUACCGCAGGCGGGAGCGAGGUCUGCCACCGCGCAUUGGCGACACCGACAUGAUCCAUCGUACCAUCUUCCGGUCACUGCAGCCAAAGUUACUGCCGAACGAUCUGUCACGUCCCUACCGGUAUGGGCAGGAUUGUGGCGCUAUUUGUAACCUGGAGUUUUCACCCGAUGGAACAAUGUUAGCAGCAGCGUGUGAAUAUAAAUCAAUCGUAUUGUUUGAUCCACUCACCGAAAAGCAGAUAUGCGCCGUUGACAACGCUCACGAUGGAAGCGUUAAUUGCAUCAGAUUCGUAGACACCCGUACCUUUGCCAGUUGCUCGGAUGACACCACCGUUGCAUUGUGGGAUUCGCGUAACCUAUCGACGAAGCUGCGCACGCUAAACGGUCACAGCGGGUGGGUGAAGAACAUCGAGUACGCGAAACAGGCCGGACUGCUCAUCUCGUCCGGACUGGACGGUUUGGUGUACGGUUGGGAGCUGAACAACAGCACGGAGCAGGGCUGUACGUACCAGCGGUUGCUGUACAUGCCGGGACUGAUGCGGUGCCGACUGGCACCGGAUGAAACACGCCUGGUGCUCUGCACGAGCAACGGUUACUUAAUGCUUGUACACGAUCUGCACCUUGCCCGCUUUGCCGGCGAUCUCGUCGACUUUCGCCCAAACAUUCACCGAUUGAAUCUGAUGCGUAAGCAACGGGUCCCGUCCGCUUCACGCAAGACUACCGCGAUCUCCGACAGCAGAAAGAGAAAUCGUAUUGAGUUUGUGAGCGACUUUCCACCCGGUGACGAUGCGGAAAUGAUUAGCGGAUUAACGAUACAUCCUCAAGGCUGGUGUGCUGUUAGUAGAAAUAUUUCGUAUGACGAAAAAACAGAGUGGUCCGUUGUACAUGAUAUACAAAGUUGGAGUGAAGAAGAAAACAACACGGAUCAAGAGAACGUAAAUCCGGAAAGGGAAGACGAGCUCGAGGUGAGACAAGAACCGUAUCCAGAGGGAGAUAAUCGGUACGUUUUUGUGGAUGAAAAUAAACGACAACUCAACAGCGCCGUGCUGAGUGAGUCGACAUGGUGUAAUACGCAACGGAAUGUGAUCAAUAAUGUUUUUCCGAGUCAUUCGGGUGCGUCGUGCCCAAACCUCGCAGAUACACCGCACUUAAGACUGUCACCAAACGAAACCAAUGUGGAUGAACGGAACGGAACCACCAUCAGCAACGAGAAGGGUGUGUGGCCACCGGAAGCAACCGUGCGGAGGAAACGUGCGACCAACCACGUGCCAGCCGAUGGUGGCCGGUUGCUCUACUACAUCCAAGAAUCGAACAAGGUGGAGGGCUAUAUGCGGGAGGCGUGCUUUUCACCUGAUGGACGGGUGAUAUGUUCGCCGCAUGAUGAUUACGGCGUACGGUUGCUAGCGUUUAAUGAGCACUGCAACGAGAUGCAGUACGCGAGACAGUACAGCGGCAAUGGGAAUGAACCGCAGAUCCUGAGGGAACUGAAGUACAAACCGUGCCAACCGCACGUUGUAAUUAGCAGCCAGUUUAGCCCACGGUUCCCAUUGCUUGUUACCGGCUGUCUGCUGGGUAACGUUGUCUGGAAUCUACCGGUGUUAAGUUGAGACGGCGAUGCGUACAAGUACUGAACUAAAGUAUACGAGACGUGGGGAUGGUACAGUGGAGAAUAAACUAUUCAAUUACUGGUAAAAUUAA